AUGGGAACAUCUACAAACCCUCCAGAUACCCAGAGCACAACCACCACCGUCGCCCCCGGGCCAGCGACAGCACCACAACCCCAGAAGGAGGCAACUCCCUCGAUCCCAGGAACAGGGGAGACCACCGUGCUCCCCUUUACUCCCAAGAAAAGAAGACGCUUCGGAGAAGACUUCGAAACAGACAACAUGCGAUCACUCAGCUUCAACAGGGCGAAGCCGAGCGCGAUCGCAACCACACAGAAACCGUCGAGAGGCCUCACCUCCUCCAUCUUCAGCGGCCCGAAGGAAGCCACCGCACCCAACAGAGAGGGAAAAUCCCUCACCAAAAACAAAAUCAUGAGCCAGAUCGAAGAGAUCAACGCACAGCAAUGGGCUAGACAGGACGUGGUAUUAAACAUAGCUACGGCUAUCGACUCCUGUCUAGCACAAUAUACCACCAAACCCUCCUCCGCAGUGGCAGAACAAAUACGAGCUGUCCUUAAUGCUGCCCUCAAGACCUUCGUCGCCUCCCACAUGAACCCAGCGGGGAGGCCCAAAAACCCUGAGAAAACGGGCAGCGACUCGAAAGAUGCCCAACCAACUGAAACAGCGUCAGCCAACACACCUCGCAGCGCAAGGAACAAAUCAAGCGGCCCGAAAGACCCCACUUCGACGGGAGCUCCCGCGCCCACUGGAAAAGCGGACCACAAGAGCGCCAGAGUCACGUGGGCACAGGUCGCGUCACAAGAUGCUACUCACAACAAAAAACCGCAAAGAAGCCCCGACUCCCAGAAAAACUCUGCUCCCGACAGCGAAGGGCCGGCCCCCGCUGCCAUAAACAAAGAAAACAAA